CGCGUCGGCGCGCAGUGGAGGAGAAUCCAAACGCGCCGGGAACUGCUGCCGAGCCAUGGAGGCUGCUGAGAGCCGGGCAGAGGCGACCGAAGAGGUCCUAGCUGAGGUAGCAAGCAUUUUAGAACCUAUAGGCCUGCAGGAAGAAGCAGAGCUGCCGGCCCGGAUCCUCGAGGAGUUUGUGAGGAACUCUCGGAAGAAAGACAAGCUGCUUUGUAGCCAGCUUCAGGUAGUGAACUUCCUACAGAAUUUUCUGGCUCAGGAAGAUACUGCCCAGAGCCCAGACACUUUGGUUUCUGAAGACACAAGUCGACGGAAGGCAUCCGAAGCUAAAGAGCAAUGGAAGGAACUGAAGGCCACGUACCAGCAUCACGUGGAAGCCAUAAAAUGUGCUCUGACCCAGGCCAUACCCCAGGUAGAAGAGGCCCAGAGGAAGUACACGGAGCUCCAGGAGGCUUAUGAGCAUCUCCAGGCUAAGAAGCAAGUAGUUGUGAAGAAACGGGAAGCAGCCCAGAAGAAGUGGCAGCUGCACCAGAAGCAUCUCCAGUGUCUGGCAGAGCUAUCUGCAGAGGUAAAGGAACUUCAGGUGAGAACCCAGCAGAAGCUUGACCAAUCGAGUCAGGAACUCGAAACCUUGAAGCAACAGGCAGGAAAGGAACAAGAUAAGCUGCAGAGGAACCAGGCCUACCUCCAGCUACUGUACACCCUGCAGAAUAAGCCACUGGUCCCAGAGGCCACGGUUCAGGACAGAGAUAUCACGGGAAAUGCCCUUCCACCUGAAUCUCUCUCAGGAUAAAAGAAAAAUAUUGAUUUGGCAUGGAACACCACUGAGAAUCAGAAGUCCUGUGAUAAUGUUGUGGCUUGAGAAGUGACAUGGAAUAAUGAUAUCUUUGAGAGCUAAAGAGUAUGUAUUGAAGGAAAUCUAAUUAAGAUGAAAGCUGGUUGCAAAGCCUGUUAACAGAGCUUCAGGAUGGACAUAAUGAAAUGCAACAAAUCUGAACUGCUGCUAAGAAUUCCCAACAAGACUCAGUGGCCUGGAAUGUUGACCCACUACACGGAGAUAGACUUCCUGGGAAAUAUUAGAUUGUUGGAUACAUUUAUAGGACAGGAAUCACUCUUCAGUAAAUCUCUUUUUGUCACAGUGCAAUCCACCUUACUCUGCCUGGUUUAAAAUAAGAAACUACAUACAGACAAUGUUUGAGAUAAGAAGAACAUGAACAUAAGAAAGAAUAAGUUAGAGAUAUUUUAUCAUAUGAGGGUUAAAUUGCCAAGAAUUGUGUGGAAUACAUGGAGAAGAUGGAAUUGAGCCAGGAGACACACAAUGAUCACAAAAUAGGUGACAUAAAUUGUGUAGAUAAUUGCUGAAAUAUUGCAGGUUUUUUUCGUCAUUGUUGUUGUUGUUUUAGAAAAAUACAAGCUUUGGUUUCAUUUCUGUCUGAUAUUUACUUGAGCCCCAAAACUUCUCAAAUAGUCUAUUUUAAAAAAUAUAAUUUUUCUGAAGGCAUGUGCACUACAAUUUGAAAAUCUGCAUUGUACAUCUUGGGAUAAGUUAAUUCUGUUUGCUAAAACCUUGUGAUUAAUUAGUCACAUGUCUGAUGUGUGGUACAGUCAUGAACAGAGAUGGAGAGAGCCUGGUUUGCAUUCACCUACCUGUUCUGCUUGUAUGGGUCCCUUAUGAAGAGCUUUUGCAGGUUUAAGUAGAAUCAGUAUGUGUGUUCAAGCUUUUGAGGUAUUUACCUUUUUUAUUUGUUUUUGUUUUUUAUAUUUACUCUUAGGUUUGAGUAUUUUUGUUUAUUUGUUUGUUUUUUCUGUACAAUUCUGACAAUGUAUACAAGCCCAUGUUGUCCAAAAAGAGGUGAUACCUUGGGAGGAGAGGUAAGGAAAGAGUCGGGAUGAGGAGUCACAGGACGUAAUGAAUGCUUUCAAUAUCUUCAUGGUGGUUUCUGACAGGCCACACUGAUCCAUUUUCCUUUAUUUUCUCUGUGUCUCCAUCAUCAUCUGGUCUCAGUGUGAUAAUAUAUUUAUCUAAUUUUUUGUCUAAGGACACCAGUGAUUUUUUUUUUUUGGGUUUUACAAGACAGGGUUUGUCUGUAUUGUUUUCGAGGCUGUUAGUCCAGCCCAGCCUCGAACUCACAGAGAUCCGCCUCCCGAGUGCUGGGAUUAAAGGCAUGCGCCACCACCGCCCGGCGACACCAGUGAUUCUUAAUUUUGACUCACCCUAAUGAUCUCAAUUUGAUUGCUGCUAUAAAGCCCCAUUUGCAAAGAACGUCAUAGAGUCACUGAAGGCUACAUUUUAACAAAUUCUCUUUUUAUAGAUCAAAACUAGUAAACAGAAAAAGUAUACUACAUGUUCAACAGAUAGUGUAGAUACUUAUUAAGAAAAGUUAUAUAAGAAUGUUCUGAAACAACUUGUUUAGUUACUGUUCAGUUGCUAUGAGUAAGCACCAUGACCAAGGCAACUUACAAAGAAAGCAUUUCAUGGGGGCUUCCUAACAGUUUCAGAGGGUUAGUCCAUGAUUUUGGCAGGAAGCAGGCAGGCAUGGUGCUGGAGCCAUAGUUAACAACUUGAUAUACUGCUGCACAGGCAGCAGGCAGAGAGGCUGGACCUAGCAUGGUCUUCUGAAACCUAAAAACCCACCCCAGUGAAACACCUCCUCUGACAAGGCCACACACCUCCUAAUACUUCCCAAGCAGUUCCACAAACUGGGGUGCAAACAUUCAAACAUGAACCUAUGGGGACCAUUCUGACUCAAACAACUACUCUUACCAUCUGACAUUGCCCAGAGAAUACUGUGGAUUAACUGUGUGUGCCACUGAUAUAACAACAAUGUCAAUGUAACUUUCAGAUCGAUUUGCAUGGCCAGAAUCCAUUAAUUGGUGUGACACAUCAUGAUGCAAUUAGGAAAUUUCACAUUAAUGUCAAAAAUCGUGCUGUAGCAAAUAAAUAUAAUUACAUUGCUAUAGAUUACAGGUGCCCUGUAUAUCUCAAUAGCAGAGUGGAUUUGUGAACAGGCUUCAGCGUAGGUGAUGCACAUCAGUCACUAGAGCCUUGAAUCCAUUAUAUGUUGACCCUGGCUCAUAAGGUAGUUGAAUUUUAAUAUGAUCUUGCUUAGUGCUAUAGGUAAAUGAUUCCCUGCCUUUCAAGGUUUUAAUUUGAGACAUAACUGUGGGGGGAAAAGACAUGUGAAAAUAUACAUUAGACAGUUGCUUUCCUCACUAUAAUACCUCUGGGUUUAAACUGUGUUACUGUUUUUAUUCUCUGCCUGUAACCCUAGAUUGAUAACCUAAUUAGUGUACCAGAAACACAGUCAUGGAAACAUCUUCUCCAGGAGGAACAAACGAACUCCUCUGCAUUUAGUUUCAAAUUCUUUCCUGUCAGUACAGCUCGGUUUUCGAAGAGCACCUGACACCAUAUGAUCAAUGAUCCUGAUCAAGUAUCCUGUCAAAGAGAGGCACAAAAUUGAUUAUAGGAUGUCCCACUUCUUUCAGAACCCAAACACUUGUGGGGAAAAGGCUAAAAUAAUAUGAAGGUGGAUGUUGUAGAAUUCACUGACUAGAUAUCCCAAAGCUUUUGGGUAAUUUAAACUUAAAAUAAUGUGUAGCUUCAGGAUGACACCAAUAGACAAGCUAAAUCGGACAGGGGAAAGCUUAGGACACCUCAGCCCUAGACAGUGGGAAAAUUGUAAGUUAGAGAAAUAUCAUCUUUCCCAGGGAAGAGCACACAGAUUGGAUAUCCAAAACCAAAUCGUCAGUCCUGAGAUCAUACAUACAAGUCACAUAGACAAAGCAGGUUGCAUUUAUUUAUGUACAUAUAUAGACACAUACACAAACACAAUUAAAUUUUAAAAAGCCAUGAAUGUGGAAGAAAGCAAGGGCAGUGAAAUACAUGCAGAUGUUGAAGCAAGGAAAAGAAAAGGGGAAAUGAUGUAACUGUAAUCUCAAAAACUGAAAAGAAACUAUUUAGAAUGUGAGGUCAGUUUGUUUUAGGACCUGAUGCAGGCUUUCGAAUUCUGGGAUUUUAAUGCAUUCAGAUCACUCUAAGCCUGCUGUGCAUCCUGUGAAUCAUCUAUUGUGCCACUGGAAUUGCAGCCUGCUCCUGAAUGUGCAGGUGCAUGGCUUAAUUGAGAUAAAUGACUGUGGGGUGUUCUGGAAGUUCUGCAAGUAAGUAUGAGUAAAAUGGAGUAAGAUGUAAGACUCAGUACAGUAAUAGCCCAAGGAAAACUAGUCAUGGUUGCUGAGGUAUACUAGGGCUCAAGGAUAGUAGGAAUAUAAGGAGCCUGAACUUAAUUUAGGGAUUGUCCAAUAUUCAUGUAAUAACAUAUAUAUAUACAUAUUCAUAUAUAUGUAAUAAUUUUACACUCAGUAUCUGAUAGGCAUUGUUGUAAAGGUGUGGACAGUAGAUCUUUAAUUAAAACAACCCAUUGGAUUUGAGUGUUUUUUGUGUUCAAAUGAAGAAAAAUAAAACUGAUUCUUUAAGUUGUCAAA